CUCUUCGCCUUCCACUUCCUUUUCUACGAAGACUUCGUUCACGGAAUAUCAUUAAGGACGUCCGCAAUCACAAUGUCAGAUGCGGAAGGAGAUGAUGUUCCUAUCGCCGCCAUCGGCGGUGGUCCAAUGGAUCUGUUCACUGCUCUACAAGAAGUAUUGAAGACCUCCCUCAUCCAUGACGGACUAGCAAGAGGACUCCAUGAGUGUGCCAAGGCACUUGACAAACGUCAAGCUUUCUUGUGCAUCCUGGCCAACAACUGUGACGAACCAAUGUAUGUGAAGCUGGUGGAGGCCCUCUGUGCUGAGCAUGGAAUCAACCUUCUCAAGGUUGAUGACAGCAAGAAGCUGGGCGAGUGGGCCGGCCUAUGUAAGAUAGACAAGGAAGGCAAGGCCAGGAAAGUUGUAGGUUGCAGUUGUGUUGUCGUCAAGGACUACGGAAAGGAGUCCCAGGCCUUGGAUGUCCUCAAUGAAUAUUUCAAGACCAAAAAGUAAACAUGUAAAGAGCUGACAAUAAAUGCAGUGAAGUAAA